ACGCCGCUGGACGACAGACGUCAAUGAGCUACGGAUAAUCGUGACCAUGCGGAAGCGCGCAUCGUGGCUCCUUUUGCUCGCGUUCCUGUCACUCUUCUCUCUUGCCCUAGCCAAAACACCAACUUCCUUCUGCAAAUGCACAUGUGCUGGCAAUAGCACCAUCGUCGCCCUCGACGCGCCCGCGACCUCCCAGAAGUCAUCGCCAAACCUCCGCGAACGUGCCACCAAGAAGACGUGCAACGACUGCAAUCGCCAGUUCUGCCUGGGCUAUCCGUUCUGCCAGGGCGUGAAGGAGGACCAAGUGUUCACAACCUGCUUCCAGAGGGACUCUGCGAAGGAUCAGGCGGUCGUUUGGAUAUUCAUCCUGGCUACAAUGGGAUUGCUGAGCUAUGCGGGGGUGAGGCCUUGGAUUGAUCAGUGGGCCGAGAGAGCCCGCCAGCGCCGCUCGUACAUUCCCGUCUCAGCGGAACAGUAACGGGACAUGAUUUGAUCAGAAUCGUUUGCUUUACUACGGAGUUCUUGGAUAUCGCGCAGCAGGUGCAGACUAUGGACACGAACGUCAACAUACCCAACCAAGACAUCUACAC